UUGGAAAAAACAAACCGUUACACAGAGUUCGUGUUUGUUCAACAUCAACACUUAGGAGCUAAACUCUGCAACAAAAAGCAAAAGGUUAAGGGACCAGACCGUGUCUUCGUCGUAGAGAGAGAGAGAGUUCAUAUCCAAUCUUUGGUUGGGUGGGUGGGCACUAGGUACAAGUUAUAGAGAUCGUUAGAGUGAGUGAUUGAAAUUCUUGAGACCCACAUCGUGUGUGUUUGUUUUCAUUCCUCGGAGGAUAUUCUAAAGAUGGUUGCGAGAACCCCACCAAAGCAGAAGAAGCUGUUGGCUGCUCUCAACCCUGUUCUGAUUAAAGAAACACUCAACAAGGUGGAUCAGUGCGUGGCUCGGCUGCAGGAACUUCAGUACACUGUGACUGGUGGAACCAAGGUGGUGUCAGGGGUGACUCUCAGCCCUCGCAGCACCAGAGGCUAUCUCAGAACCAGUCUCAGGUGCAAGCAAGAAUCACUCAGGAUCAAGAAUGGUGCCUCAAGGAGAUCUCCUGUGGGGAAGUUUCCAGCAAACACAGGUGAAUGGAAGAGAAUGUCAUUGCCUGCAAUGCUUGUAGGCGAAACUGUUGGAGAAAUUUUGCAGGCAAGUCAGUUUGCCAGAGAAAUAGUCUCAGCAGUUGGUAAGAAAACUGACCCAGAGGAUCCAAAAACUCCAAUGUCUCAACGCAGCAACAAAAAAGUAGAACUUGAAAACACACAACUCAGGGCCAGAAGGAAGAAAGAGAAGCAAACCAAAGCACAGAACGAUGGUUCCCCAUCACUUCAAAGGGCUCGUUCCAGAAUCAACUUCAAGGUUUCUCCUCCUAAGGUUAGAGAAUUUGAUAAAGAAAGGAACAGGUAUAUGGCAAAUAGGGUGUCUCCAAGAAAUAGGCCAUGGACUAGAAAAACAGUACUAUUCCCCAACCCUUUGUUCCUCUCCACUCAUUCCUCUUCACAGCAACAGUUUUGCAAGACAAGGUCACCUAUCAUAACAAGAAAUAGAGGAACAACAUCACACAAGUUUUUGAUCAAGUCUCCAUCUUCACCAUCAGGGCCACAACAGUUUAGCAAGACCAGGUCUCCUGUCAUAACAAGAAAUAGGGGUGGAACACCACACAAGUUUUUGAUCAAGUCUCCAUCUUCAGCUUCCAAAUUUCAAGUCCAGAUCAAAAAAAGUCCACCAACUGUGUCUAUUUCACCAACAAAACCUGCAAGGUUGAGCAGAAGUCCUCCCAAGAGAUCCACUUCCACUGCAUCCAAAUUCCGUCGAUCUUUCUCUCCUUCAAGAAUAGCAUCCAGAUUAGUAUCACUCUCACCAUUAAGGACCAGGAAAACUGUACAGAAAAAUGAUGGGUUUGUAAGUGGACUCAAACAGCGCCCGCUAUCAUCAGUGCAAUACCCUGCUUGAGGAAUUUAAUAACACAUUAAUAGUGCUAUGCUCUCUGGCUACUUUGUCACUUUGUUGUAUUUUUUAGUCACCAUGUCCAUUCUUGAUGUCCAUAACUGUGCUGUGCUCUUGUGGUUUUUUCUUUUUGGUGGUUUCAGGUUGUGUGAGGAUUUCUCUUUAAUGUCCAUAGCAUUUUUUUUCCCAUUCAUUUCAUUCAAGGAAAAUCACAAUUCAAUGCCAACUCUUUUUUUAGAGGAAAUUCAAUGCCAACUAUUCUUUGUUCAUUGCAAAAAA